AUGUUAAGUUUGAUACUGGUUGCAUUUGUUAUUCUUAUUGUGAAAUGGUCAUGGUGAGUUUAUAUAAUACAUAAAAAGUGGGAAAACUUGGCAGAAGUGAUCUAUAUGCAGUUAUAUAGAGUGUGUAGUAUUCUAUGUGAUAUAUAGUUUUAAUCUUGAGUUUGUAACACCAAAAUAUUAAUUUUAAAGAUGUUACAAUAUUUCAUUUUUAAAUUAAAAAAGAGUUUCCUUUAGGGACAGAAUUCAGUUUUUCAAAUUGAGAGACAAGAUGGGCAUACCUGGCCCACCAACUCAGUUUCCGCUUGGUAAUGUCAAUUAUAUUCUCAAUGAUAUGAAGAAGGUAACCUUUUUUUAAGCUGUGUAUCUUGUUAAAAAUUUCAUUCUUACAGUAUUAGUGAUGUUUAAUUCAGUGCUUGUUUUGUACUUGUAUAUAGGGUCAAAAAUUAUUUUGGUAUACUAUGUAGUACUUGGACAUAUUUACCAUAUAGUACUUUGGCAAUAUGUAAUAUAUAGCGUUUGGACUAGAAAUGCUAUAAGGUAGUUGGGCUAUAUGAACUAUCUAGUACUUAGGCUAUACGUACUACAUAUAUAUAGUAGUUGGACUAUAUGUAUGUUUUAGAACGGUAAAGAAGAUAGUAUCAAUAUGAGAUUUCGUAUGGCAAAGCAAUACGGAGAUGUGGUGGGUAUGUACCUUGGACAACACUUUGAAGUCACCACAACAGAUUUGGACAUUAUCAAUGAAGUCUUCAUUAAACAGUUUUCAAAGUUUGUUAAUCGACCGGUAAGUUAUAUCAUUUCAUUUUGGCGCAUGUUUAUACAAAUCUUUUUGUGAAAACGCUUGAUUAUUUUAGACCCAACACUUUGGUGGUGGAUAUCCAAUGAAUGAGAACAUAUUACAAAUGACCAGAGAGGGUCCAGGAAAAGGGUAUGGCUGGAAAGAUAUACGAUCAGUUAUAUCGCCUAUUUUUACUACUGGAAAACUCAAGGCUGUAAGUUUUUUAUGUGUAAAACUUAAUUUAAAACGCGUACUACUGUUUUCUUUGGAGCUGUUUAGUUAAUUCUGUGCUCCUAAUCUUUAAAAAUUGCUUUGAAAAAGGAGCACAGAAUUAUUUGAACGACCUAAUAGGUCUGUAAAACUUAAUUUUAAAGCAUAUAUAUGUUUUAAAUUAUAGGUUACACUGUUAAUUUAUACAAAAGGCAACUUUUAGAUGUUUCCAAUCAUGGAAGAGCGUGUGAAUGCCUUUGUAGAACAUUUAAAAGGUAUGACAAGUUCAGAAGAAAAUGAUAUUGAAAUGUACAAGUAAGUAUAAAUUUUAUAUUAGAAACAUGAUGGAUAAUAAACUGUCUAAAAAUGAGAUCAUGAGCUACGAUCUGAACUUAAAAAUUCUCAAAAUUACAUGAAUAAUACUAUGUAACUCUUACAACAUAUUUUUUACUUUCAGUGAGCUCCAAGCCUUGUCGUUAGACGUAAUAGGUCGCUGUGCCUUUGGCAUGGAAACUGAAUGUAUCAAGGAUAAAACUGACAAGUUCUACAUCAAUGCCCAGAAAUUCUUCAACUCGAUAAACCUGGAAGAAUCAGUUGGUAUGUUAGUUGGCUUUUUUUCACCAAAGAUUGGCCAGUUUAUCAGGCCAUGGACAAGAGAAGGAAAGACUGAAAAAGUACUGUUAGAUGGACUAAAGGAAGUUGUUGAGAGAAGGAAGAGGACGUUUGGAAGUGACAGUGACAAUCGAAAGGAUUUGAUCAGUCUAAUGUUAGAACAGGACAGGGAACGGCAGCGGUCACAGAAGGUAAGGGUAGGGAUGUUUUUAGUAGUUAAUGGCACGGUAGGGUAAGGCAAUGUAGGGUAGAGUAGGGUCCGGUAAGGUACGGUAAAAAUAUGAAGUUUUGAACUUUUUGAACUUAUAUUACACUUGAUAAUCAUAUCUAAUUUUCUUAAUUUAUGCAGAAAAAGCAAUAUAGACACACAUCUUAUGAAAAUAAUUACAUUUUCCCAACCCCAUAACAUUAAUAUUUUAUCACCUCACACUCUACACAUUACAGAAGCCUCCGUUGAGUGACGAGACUAUCGUUUCUAACUGCUAUGCCUUCUUAUUGGCUGGCUAUGAAACCACUAGUACGGCCUUAUCAUUUGGCUUAUAUGCUUUGGCCAAGAACCCAGAAGUUCAACAGACUUUAUACGAUGAACUGACAGAUAAUUUUAACUUUCACACUGAUAUAACAUACGAUGCUUUAAUGAAAUUACCGUAUUUAGAGGCUGUUAUGAUGGAGUCUCUGCGAAGAUAUCCUCCGGUCGUAUUCUUCACAACCAGAGAGUGUGUGGAAGACUGUGAGAUCAAGGGAAUCAAGUUCAAGAAGGGGGUUUGUGUACAAUGUCCAGUACAUCUUACUCACUACAAUCCAGAGUAUUGGCCAGAUCCGCUGAAAUUCGAUCCAAACAGGUUUUUGGCCAUCAAUAAUCAUGUGGACAAUCUGACAUGGAUGCCAUUUGGGAUUGGGCCAAGGAAUUGUGUUGGAAUGAGGUUUGCUGAGCUUGAGUACAAGUCAGCAUUGGCUGCUUUGGUACUCAACUUCAAGUUUGAGCUGGGGAAGGAGCUGCAGGACAAAGAGUUGGCUUGUGGGAUCAUGGCUGUACUGUACAGGCCUUUAGAUGGCGUGAAUUUGAAAGUUACUGCACGUUAG